AUGGGUCUCUUUGAAACAAAUCUUCCAGGAACUAUCCAUAUGGCCAUUUAGCCUAAUUCCAAAGAAGAGAUUGAUUAACCCAGAGUAUACUCUUGACGUACUAUUUACAUGCAAUUUUAUUGGAAUUUGCUUUGCUAGAUCUCUACACUAUCAAUUCUACAGCUGGUACUUCCAUACAAUCCCAUGGCUGCUAGUAAGCUGACCAGCUUACGGAAAUUUUUCAAUUCUGAUUUUCUUGGCAAUAGAGGUAUGCUGGAACAUGUUCCCUCCUAGUGUUCUGUGGUCCUCAAUCCUCUCGGUAGCCCAUGCUCUGAUACUUCUCGGUAUUAUUUCCAAAAGACGUAUUGAUGUGAUCUAUUUCACAAGUGACAAGAAAAAGAUAGAGUAAACAUUCAACUUGAAAGAUAUGGGAAUUCAACUA